AUGUACGGGUUAAAUAAACUGUCCCUCUGGGUAAUGACCGGUCUGGUGGCUGUCACCACUGUCUUCUUUAAUGUUUACAUCUUGUUGAUGAGUCUGUGGAACUACAGGCAGAAGAAGAAGUGGAGUCCCAGUGAAACCAUCAUCCUGGCUCUGUCGCUAGCCAGCGUGGCUCACCAGCUGGUCUGCUACUUCUGGAUGACCAUGGACGAGGUGGACAACAAGUGCCUCAUCAGCGAGUUGCCCUACACCGUCAUGCUGCUUUUAAUCUUCAGCCUCAAGUUCACCAUCAUGUGGAUGACCAGUUUCCUCACUUUCUACUACAGCACCAAGCUGGUGACCGCACCCAACCAAUGCUACACACACAUCCAGGCUGCCAUCCUCAAACACGUGAGCUUGGCUGUGAUUCUCAUCCCUCUGUGCGGCUUGGGCACCUGCAUGCCGAUGCUGGUGGUGUUCCACUCCGACAACGUCACCGUGGAGAACAGAGACUGUGGCGUCUUAAUGCCCGACACCCCCUCCGGCAAGGCCUACGAAGCGCUGUAUCUGCUCCUGGCUGACGUGCUGCCCGGGGUGAUCAUGGUGAAAUGCUGCGUCUCCAUCUCCCUCCACUUGGCGAUCCAUCUCCGCCACAUGAAAGCCAGCUCCAACGGAGCCCACGGGCUAAAGCUGGGCUCUCAGAUGAGGGUGAUCAAGAUGGCGCUGUCUCUCGUGGCCGUCUUCAUCCUCUUCCUCGCGAUAGACCUGUACGUCAACUGCCAGAUAGCGGUGAACCACGAGAACAUCAUCACGCUCACGUUCUUAUUCACGUCCAUCUACACCACGGUCGCCGCCAUGGUGCUGAUCUACGGGAAAAAGACUUUCUGGAAAGCUCUGAUACGCGAGUUCAACGUCGGCCUGGAUCAAUAUCCAUGUUUGUCUUGUCUGAAGGUGCCUGAACAAAAGGCCGAACCCGGCACUGCUGCUAAAGGUAAAACCUGA